UCUUCUCUGAUAUACGGCGACAACAUGUGCGGCAUAUUCGCCUAUCUAAACUACGGCGUACCAAGGACCAGGAAGGAAAUAACCGACCUCAUCCUAAACGGCAUCAAAAACAUGGAAUACAGGGGCUACGACUCCGCCGGCAUCGCCAUAGACGACGACAACGGCGACACCUGCAUCCUCAAGUCAAUAGGCCCCGUCCAAAACCUUUCCAACCUCAUCGACACCAAACUCGAAAACGAGACCAGCACCCUCUGCACCCACGUCGGACUCGGACACACCAGGUGGGCCACCCACGGCGUCAUUCACCCUAGAAACUGUCACCCCAUCUCCAGCAGCGACCAGCACGAGUUCGUCGUCAUCCACAACGGCAUCCUCACCAACUUCCAGGAAAUCAAGGACAUGCUCAUCUCCAAACACUACACCUUCUCCACCGACACCGACACCGAAGCCGUAGCCAAACUCUGCCUCUACUUCUACCACCAACUCGUCAAAGAAACGUCCAAAAAACCCACGUUCUGGCACGUCGUCCUGCGCGUCGCCCUCGCCAUCCAAGGCGCCUCCGCCAUCCUCUUCAAGUCUAAACUCUACCCAGGCGAACUCUGCGCCUUCGAGCGCGGCUCCUCCCUCAUUCUGGGCAUCAAGUCCGGCGACGACGCGGUCUACGCCGACCUCCUCACCUCCCCCACUCAAGACCCCCCCUCCGCCUCACAAGCAAGCUCCCUCAACGACAGUAUCCUCCGACUCAACCCCCACCACAGAGAAUACUUCAUCGCCUCCGACAACACCGCAAUCGUCGGCCACACUCGCCGCGUCGUCUACCUCGAAGACAACGACGUCGUCCACUUCUCCUCCAACGGCAGCUUCCAAUUCCUCCGCCCAGAAGGCAACUGCGGCGGCGAAAACGACAAGCGAAAACUCUCCGACAUCAGCUGCACCCUCUUCCAACCCUCCAAAGGCAACUUCGCGCACUACAUGCUCAAAGAAAUCUUCGAGCAAAAAAACAUCUUCAACACCAUGCGAGGACGCAUCAACUUCGACACGGGCAAAGUCAUCCUAGGAGGCAUCACCUCCCACAUCGACAGCAUCAACCGCUCCCGUAGACUCGUCCUCAUCGGCUGCGGCACCAGCUACCACGCCAUCCUCGCCUCCAGGCAACUCCUAGAAGAACUCACCACGCUCCCCGUCAGCGCCGAAAUCGCCUCCGACUUCCUCGACCGCUCCCCCCCCAUCUUCCGAGACGACACCUGCUUCUUCGUCUCUCAGUCCGGCGAAACCGCCGACACGCUCCGCGCACUCGAGUACUGUCGCAAACAAAGCGCCCUCUGCGUCGGCAUCACCAACGUCGUCGGCUCCAUCAUCAGCCGACUCACCGACUGUGGCGUCUACCUCAACGUCGGCCCCGAAAUCGGCGUCGCCUCCACCAAAGCCUACACCGCGCAAAUCGUCUGCAUCUGUCUCAUCGCCCUCAAACUCGGCGAAAACCGACUCAACACCGCCGAACAACGCCUAACCAUCGCCAAACAACUCCAAAACCUCCCCAACCUCAUCGAAAAAACCCUCGAACUCUCUCCAAAAAUCCAAACCAUGGCCCACAAAUUCUCCAACUGCAACAACUUCAUCCUCGUCGGCCGCGGCUACCAGUACUCCACCUGUCUAGAAGGCGCCCUCAAAAUCAAAGAAAUAGCGUACAUCCACACCGAAGGACUCAACUCCGGCGAACUCAAGCACGGACCACUCGCCCUCAUCGACCCCAAAACCCCCCUCGUCCUCCUCCUCACCAAAGACUCUCACUACGAACGCAACCACUCCACCCUGCAACAAAUCCUCUGUCGCGACGGACACCCCGUCGUCAUCUGCACCGAAGGCGACAACCUGUCCAAAAACGUCGUCUCCGACACCAUCGAAGUCCCCUACACCAUCGACUGCUUGCAACCCAUCAUCAACAUCAUCCCACUCCAGCUCCUAGCCUACUACAUGGCCUCCAACCGCGGCAUCGAUGUCGACAAGCCCAGAAACCUCGCCAAAUCUGUCACCGUCUAAAACACAACCGCUCUCUGCCCCGCGCGCGCACCCCCACCCACCUCUCACGCCCAUUCACCCCAAACCACCCUCAUAAUAAAAUCCUCCGUAAGCCACACCCACAA